GCAGCGGCGGGACCCGCCGGACCCCGCGGCGGCGGCAGGGCGCGGAGCCGAGGCCGCGCGGGCACUCGCCGGGAGAAUGGACGGGGCCGGGGAGCGCAGCCUCCCGGAGCCGGGCAGCCGGGGCUCCCGGGCGGGAGACGACAUGGAGAUCGUCGUCAACGUGGGAGGCGUGCGGCGGGUGCUGUACGGAGACCUCCUCAGCCGGUACCCCGAGACCCGGCUAGCGGAGCUCAUCGACUGCUUGGCCGGGGGCUACGACACCAUCUUCUCCCUGUGCGACGACUACGACCCCGGGAAGCGCGAGUUCUACUUCGACAGGGACCCGGACGCGUUCAAGUGUGUCAUUGAGGUGUACUAUUUCGGGGAGGUCCACAUGAAGAAGGGCAUCUGCCCCAUCUGCUUCAAGAACGAGAUGGACUUCUGGAAGGUGGACCUCAAGUUCCUGGAUGACUGCUGCAAGAGCCACCUGAGCGAGAAGCGCGAGGAGCUGGAGGAGAUCGCGCGCCGCGUGCAGCUCAUUCUGGACGACCUGGGCGUGGACACGGCCGAGGGCCGCUGGCAGCGCUGCCAGAAGUGCGUCUGGAAGUUCCUGGAGAAGCCCGAGUCUUCGUGUCCGGCGCGGGUGGUGGCCGUGCUGUCCUUCCUGCUCAUCCUCGUCUCGUCGGUGGUCAUGUGCAUGGGCACCAUCCCUGAGCUGCAGGUGCUGGACGCCGAGGGCAACCGCGUGGAGCACCCGACGCUGGAGAACGUGGAGACGGCGUGCAUCGGCUGGUUCACGCUGGAGUACCUGCUGCGCCUGUUAUCCUCGCCUAACAAGCUGCACUUCGCCCUGUCCUUCAUGAACAUCGUGGACGUGCUGGCCAUCCUCCCCUUCUACGUGAGCCUCACGCUCACGCACCUGGGCGCCCGCAUGAUGGAGCUGACCAACGUGCAGCAGGCGGUGCAGGCCCUGCGGAUCAUGCGCAUCGCCCGCAUCUUCAAGCUGGCGCGCCACUCCUCGGGGCUGCAGACCCUCACCUAUGCCCUCAAGCGCAGCUUCAAGGAACUGGGGCUGCUGCUCAUGUACCUGGCCGUGGGCAUCUUCGUCUUCUCGGCGCUGGGCUACACCAUGGAGCAGAGCCACCCGGAGACCUUGUUUAAGAGCAUCCCGCAGUCCUUCUGGUGGGCCAUCAUCACCAUGACCACGGUUGGCUAUGGUGACAUCUACCCCAAGACCACCCUGGGCAAGCUCAAUGCAGCCAUCAGCUUCCUGUGUGGGGUCAUUGCCAUUGCCCUGCCCAUCCACCCCAUCAUCAACAACUUUGUCAGAUACUACAACAAGCAGCGAGUCCUGGAAACGGCAGCCAAGCACGAGCUGGAGUUGAUGGAGCUCAACUCCAGCAGUGUGGGCGAGGGCAAGACAGGGGGCUCCCGCGGCGACCUGGACAACCUCCCGCCAGAGCCCGCCGGGAAGGAGGGGCUGAGCUGGAGCAGCCAGCUGAAGAUCUCCCGCAGCGACACCUUCAUCCCGCUGCUGACCGAGGAGAAGCACCACAGGACCCGGCUCCAGAGCUGCAAGUGACAAGGGACGACCUGCGCACAGACGGACUGGGCUGGUGGAUAGACGGAUGGACGGGUGUGACAGGCCUGCCAGUGACUGCCCGGGAGGGGCCGUCCUUUGUCCCCCAGCCCUCUCCUGAACAGAACUCUGAAGGCCCCCUUGGGCACCUCUGAUGAGGCCGGGUAAGAUCCCUUUGUGUUUCCGGCUGUCCAGGGGCCGGGGGCGGGGGCAGGGGCGGGGACGGGCGUCCA